ACCAAACAUGUCAACCUGCUGGUGGCGCUAGAUUCAAAGUUAGAAUCAAUCAAGUCAAAUAAAUAAUUGAAUCCUCUGGGGACCGUGAACGUCUGCACAACAUUUAAUGAACAAUCCAUCCGUCCUUUGAUCCACAAUCAGAUCCAAUGGAUCUGCACUUAAGUGGUGGACCGACCAACCGACUGACAUUAGCAUCCAUAUAGUCACACUGCUAAUGUGGCUAAAAUCAAAUAAAAGAAGAGACAGUCAUGUUGAUAUGAACAUUAGAGAAACACAUCAUGGAGAUGAAAUAUGAUACUGGUUCAUAAUUUGGAUUCGUUCACCUCAGCUGACACAUUCAACAGCAGACAGGUUUUUGUCACAGUCUCAUUCACUGUGGGAGGAGAUGACUACCUCAUCUUUGGCUCUGGAACUAAACUGUAUGUAGUUGAGCAGGUAGUGAAGCCCGUGGUGAGCGUGUACCCAGCAGCAUCCAGAGCCCACCUGGAGGGGAAGAGCUCCCUGCUGUGUCUGGCCUCAGCCAUGUCUCCUCCUGUGGUCCAGUUCUCCUGGAAAAGACAGAAGAAGAACGGCCCGCUGGAGAAUCUGACCCUUGCUGAGGGACAGCAGCUGGAGCUCAGAGAGCCGGGACGCAUUGCCUCCAUCCUGCUGCUCCAUCAGCAAGAGAACAGCACAUAUAAAUACCACUGCUACGUCAAGCACGAGGGGAUAACAGUGGAGGCCCAAACAGAACAAGAGCUUCCAGCUCCAGCAGCCUCCUGUCCUCCAGAGAGAGAGCCAGCAGACCUGCCAGCUCUGCAGCAAGCUGACUUGUCCUUCCAGUCUCAGUACCAGGUGAAGCUGCUCUGUGUGCUGUACACAGUGCUGAUAGUGAAGAGUCUGGUGUACUGCUGUGGACUCUCUCUGCUGAUGAUCCUCAGAAACAAGGGACCGUCCACCAACUGCACACAUGCUGACUGACUGUUUUCUGCUCGCCUUUUCUCACCAUCACAUCUCAUCAAUUCAUCUCAUUUAUCACUUUGAUCAGUGUUCACAAAUGUCACUUAUGACGUCUUGUGGUUGGUUUUACAUUUUCUCUCUUCAUGCACAAGUUAGAUACAGUUGUGCUGAAUAUAUAAAUACAUAUAUACACAUAUAUAUUUACAAAUUAAACCUUAACAGUAACUUUUUUAUCUCAAGUUUGUUUUGUUU